AUGUCGACGAAUCCCGCCGCAAGAGACGAUCUCACGUCGCAUGUUGCUGUGAAUCCUAAUGACUUAGAGAGCGGCGAAGGAAGAGGGGGAGAGGAGGGAAAGGGAGAAGAGGAACAUGGAGGGGCGCUGACACAGGCGAACGUGGCGAGCAGGAGACUAUGGAUUGGGCUGAAGUACUUUAAUAACAGGCCUGUGUUGGAGAAGAUGCGGCUGGUUAGUAAACCCACGAGGAGGGUGGCGAUGGGAUUGCCUGACCUGGAGGGGCUGGUAGUGGGGCAGAAUAGGGGGUCUAUCAGGGGUUUGAGGGGGAUUGGGGAGGCGAUGUUCAUGCUGGCUGAGACUCUAGCUAAGACUAAGAAGCUGGAUCGCAGCAAGAGGCGGCUCAACAAUCACAGAAGGCCAUCUUCACCACAUAUUGACGUACAGGAGCAGGAGGGUACGGUACAGCCGUGCGAUGAGUGA